AGUAGAAGUGACAUUUCAUUAUCACAUAAACGUAGAUAAGGUUGUUUAAUAACUAUAUUUAUGUUAGUGCAAGAUUAAUACUGCCUCAAGACAGUUGCAAAUAUGAUAAAAUCCGCGAUAGUGCUCGUCAGAACACUCGGGACUAGUAAACCAAGUUUAAUUUUAUCUCAAACUCGCUGCGCAUCUCAAGCUCUGCCACAGUUAUCAGCGACAAAAUACAAUGUUAAGAGGAAAGAAUUUGGAGUGGUCCAAUCGGAAGAUGUUAAUUAUUUUAAAUCUAUCUUGAGUGAAGAGCAAGUGCUCACAGAAGAGAGUGAUGUUCUGCCAUUCAAUAUAGACUGGAUUAAGAACUGCAGAGGUCAAUCCAAGGUGGUUCUAAAGCCAAAGUCAACACAGCAGGUAUCGCAGAUAUUGGCAUACUGCAAUGAGAGGAGACUGGCGGUGUGCCCACAGGGCGGCAAUACUGGGCUUGUCGGAGGCUCUGUACCGGUGUUCGAUGAGAUAGUCGUUAGUCUCGGGUCGAUGAACAAAAUUAUAAGCUUGGAUGAGACAUCAGGUGCCCUUGUUUGCGAGGCGGGCUGCAUACUCGAAACCUUAGAUAACUAUGUCCGAGACCGCAACCUCAUCAUGCCGCUCGACCUUGGAGCGAAGGGCUCCUGUCAUAUUGGAGGCAACGUUAGCACUAACGCUGGAGGCCUAAGGUUGCUACGCUACGGCAACCUGCAUGGUUCAGUGAUGGGGCUUGAAGCAGUAAAAGCAGACGGUACCAUAGUGGAUUGCCUCCGAACUCUCAAGAAGGACAACACCGGGUACCAUUUGAAGCACCUUUUCAUCGGUUCAGAGGGAACUCUAGGACUGGUCACUAAAGUCGCCGUGCAUUGCCCUGUGCUACCUAAAGCACAGACCCUUGGCUUCUUUGGCGUGAAGGAUUUCGAGAGCGUGUUGAGUUUGUACCGCAGCGCUAAGGCGUCUCUCGGGGAGAUCCUGUCGGCCUUCGAAAUGGCCGACAACUACUCCAUCCAGAGUACCAGCAAGAAUCUCAAUUUGCCGAACCCGAUAGCGGAUUUCCCGUUCUACGUGCUAGUGGAGACGCACGGGAGCGACGAAACUCACGACAGCGAGAAACUGAAUCGGUUCCUCGAGCGAGAGAUGGGCAGUGGGCUGAUCUUAGAUGGCACCGUCGCCUCGGAACCCGCUAAGAUCCAGACGAUCUGGAACCUUCGCGAAAGCAUAGCCGGCUCCGGCCUCCUAGAAGGCUAUGUGUACAAAUACGACGUGUCCAUCCCCGUUGCCAACUACUACGAUCUAGUGCCGAAGCUACGCGAGCGAAUGAAGAGCGUUACCACCAAGGUCUACGGAUAUGGCCACAUUGGUGACGGCAACAUACACAUCAAUAUAACGGUGCCCGAGUACAGCAAGCAGGCCACGGACCUUUUGGAGCCCUAUAUCUUCGAAGAGGUCGCUAAGCUCAAGGGUUCCAUAAGCGCGGAGCACGGUAUAGGGUUCCGUAAGCCUCAGUUCGUGCACUACAGCAAGGACCCGGCCGCCUUGGACCUCAUGAGGGACCUCAAGCGGCUGAUGGACCCCAACGGCAUCCUUAACCCGUACAAGGUCUUACCGGACCCUUAGAGUGUGAAUUAUGAAAUACCUAGCGUUGGUGGCCUAAGUGUUUACAUCUUUUAAUAUUAAAUGUUAACUGAGCCCUGAAAUUGGUCAAAACUGUAAACUGGUUUUUAUAACCGAAAUAUGAAUAUUAUUUGUUGUGCUUUAAUUUUCUAAUAUUCCAUUUAAAUUUGAAAAUAUUCCGAACAAAAAUGAUUUAACUGGGGUCAAUAAAAUCAGGUUGAUAUGUUUACACUUUUGGCCAUCUCUAUUGAAUAUGUAUAUUGAAUAUAUUGAUAUGUAUAAUAUGUAUAUAGUCUGGGGCUGAUUUAAUUAAGGUCAUGACCUGAUUCCUCUGUAAGCCAAAUAGGCCAUAUGAUAGUUCUGAAAUCAAUAGGUAAUUUCUUAUGUAAGUACACGAAUUGAGUGAUCAAAAACCAUAUUUUUAUGUUAUUAAUGUUUUAUACGUGUUACAUUGUUGUAUAUUAUUAAAUAAUUAUAUUUUUGUA